AUGUUGAACCACAUGUUCCAUCUACAAAACUCCAUGAGAAACAUUCACCACGAACUACAGGUGCAGACUGAUAUUUUGAGGAGUCUUAGGGAUAACCAAUCUCAGCGAGAUGAGGCAACUAGAAGAUUAAGAACGCCAGACAGGAAUUUACAGCGAGAUGAGGCACCUAGAAGAUUAAGAUCGCCAGACAGGAAUUUACAGCGAGAUGAGGCACCUAGAAGAUUAAGAUCGCCAGACAGGAAUUUACAGCGAGAUGAGGCACCCAGAAGAUUAAGAUCGCCAGACAGGAAUUUACAGCGAGAUGAGGCACCUAGAAGAUUAAGAUCGCGAGGUAGGAAUUUACAGCGAGAUGAGGCACCCAGAAGAUUAAGAUCGCCAGACAGGAAUUUACAGCGAGAUGAGGCACCUAGAAGAUUAAGAUCGCCAGACAGGAAUUAA